AUGACAACAACCAACGGAUGUACUCGGAUUAAGAAUGGGUCCAUGGAAGAACCACUACCCAUCGUUAUAGCAGGAGGGGGAUGCUUUCAACCAGGCGAGCCGAGUCAACUAUUACUACCGCAGUAUAAAUUCCAAGAACUGCUUAUUUCGAAAGUACGCGAGCUUGAUAAGGGGGAUGUAAGACUAGGUUCAAAGGUCGUAGGAUUUGAAGAUAGCGGCACGGGGGCUAGUGUGAAUGUCAAGAUCCACGACUCCGCCGGCAACGAGCAUGACAUUGAAGCAGAAUAUCUAAUCGGCGCUGACGGCGCCAAAAGCACGGUUCGAAAACUCUUGGACAUCCCUUUUGAAGGCGGAACCCUGGAUGUCCAACUCGUGGCUAUAGACAUCCGCUUUCCGUUCAACAACUACAGUUUCUUUGACGCGAAUUUUGUCAUAGAUGGACGGGACUAUGGACUUAUUGAUGUGACCGAGGAGGAGAUUUGUGAGGGUGUGAGGGAGAAGUUAGAUAGGAUGGUCCCCGGGGAGGAGGAGUAUGAGGUUGUCAGGGUGGCGCCGUAUAAGGUGCAGCAGAGAUGUGCGGAGAGGUUUUGGAAGGGGAGGGUUGGUUUGGUGGGAGAUGGUGCGCAUUUAACAAACCCCUACGCCGGUCUCGGCCUGGCAUCCGGCAUCGCCGACGCCAUUACCCUCUCCUCCGUCCUCAUCCACAUUCUCCCCCCUCAACCCCUUCCAGCCCCUCCACUUCCACCUCCACCACCUCCAAACCACCCAAUCCCUCCCUCCUCCUCCCCUCCUGUUCCAGCGCUCGCAAGUCCAAAUUCAGUUCCGUCGUUGACAAACCGUCACGUAUGGCGUUCGCACGCGUACGCUCAAGAGUCGAUACCCAGAAAGAGUUGGAAGGUUUAAUGAAACGGGAUCUGAUGAUCAAGGCGCUGAAAAGUGGGAUGCCAAUGAUACCGCCCGGGUUGGGGACGGAGGUUACGGAGCUGGAGGGGUAGUAGAAACGAGUUCUUAGGAGAGAUUAAAGCCUCCAAUCUGCUUUGUAAUCUCUACUGCACUGUGUGCGUUUGCCUAGAACAUGUAAUUCCUUAACCAUCACU